AUUUUUCCAGAUAAGAAGAAUAUUUGUGUUUGAGACUAAAGUAGAAGAACUAAAACCUGCUUCAAGAUGAUGAUGCUAAAAAUGAUGAAUCCAAUGGGUUCAAUGCCGUCUGUUCCGAAAGUGGGAGGAAGUGACGACAGCAACGGGAUGACGAAAGAGGAACAGAAGGAACAAGAGCAAAUGAGGCAAGAUGCGAUAAAGAGAGCGGAGAGGGAACGUCAGAAUAAAUAUAAGAAAGAAAGAGAGGUUCGAGAUGUAGAGAGAGAUAAAAUCCGGGAUCGUUAUAAGAUUGAGAAGAAACAACCUGAGGAGGAGGAAGAGGAGGAGAGUGAUGAUGAAGAAGAUAACUUUGGUCCGAAGAAGAAAGGAGAAGAGGAGGAUGGGGAUCCUGUUGCGCAGGCGAAGAAGAUUGCAGAAUCCAAGAUGAAAGAAGCCACGUCAUUUUUCAAAAGUUUUUUCUAAAUUCCAGUCUUGCACCGAGCUACCGUCAUGCAUUUACAAGCAUUUUCAAGGCAGGGCCAUGGCCUACGGGGCCUCAAUUUGUUCAAUUUUUUUUACACUUCUCGUUUUUAAGUGUUACUGUUUCUUUAUUACUCUCGAUGUAGUUUGAACAGCUAGUAGUGACCGAUUUUUUAAAAACAAUUUUGUGUCGUGUUUCUUAUACAUUUUUUUCAUUAUAUUUACAUACGUAUAUAUACAUUGACUGUUAAAUAAAAUUUAAAAAAUAA